GAAUCGACCAAUGUUCACCGGGGAUCGCAGUGCCGCGCGCUAACCGCUGCGCCACCGCUCCCCAAUAACAACAACCGCCAUUCACCACUAAGUGGCGGUGACGUCACCACGGCGCCUGUGCCAGGCUAUGUGCACUUUAAGGCCACGUUAAGUGUCGAACGUCCGCUGGCAGGUAGUCACGGGACAGACCCAGCUGGUGCCAUGGGUUGACUGCUGUGCCAGGCUAGGUGCAGGAGGAGGUCAUGGGACAGACCCAGCUGGUGCCAUGGGUUGACUGCUGUGCCAGGCUAGGUGCAGGAGGAGGUUACAAGACAGACCCAGAUAGUUCCAUAGGUUGACAGUGACUGAGAUAUGCGACUUGCCGAUGCACCACCUGUGCCCACCCCCCUACUGUGCCAGUCUAGGUGCAGGAGGUCACGGGACAAGACCCAGCUGGUGCCAUGGGGUUUACUGACUGAGAUGACUGACCCGUUGCAUCAUCCGUGCCUGCCUGCGCCUGCUGUGCCAACCACGCUGCUGCGGCUUUUCGUUUUUUUGUUGUUACCGCCCUGGGCGCACAGAUGGCCGUGUCGGCGCCCGACACAGACAACCUUCUGAACUGCUCAAUCUGCCUGGAUGAAUUCAAGGUGCCCGUGUCUCUGCCCUGCGGCCACACGUUCUGCAAGGGGUGCAUCGAGAAUCACUGGUUCAAAGCCCCGCAGGGGAAGGCCACCCCCCACUUCAUGUGCCCGCAGUGUCGAGAAGCCUAUCCCGUGGUGCCGCCGCUCAACAAGAACGUGGUGAUGGACGAUGUCGUCAGGGACAGGAGGGAGAGGCGGGAGAGGCGGCAGAGUGGCGAUCGCAGAUGGAGUGUGGAGCUGCUGAGCGCGUUCAAGCAAACGCUGACGGACAGGGAGCGGGUGACCACCGCCCUCACUAGCAGCCUCCUGGACAAGUUGGACGCCGCAGAGAAAGCGGCAGGGUGCUUCAAGCGGAGGCUGAGCUCCAGCUACGACGACCUCCUGCGCCUCGUCGCCGAGGACCACGAGUCGGCGCUGAGGGCCGUGGACGCAGAGCGCGACGCCAAACUCUCGGCGAUUCGGCGCGAGCACGGGAGGUGCGCCGAGGUGCUGGGCGGCCUCCGGGAGAUGCUGGGCAGGAUCGGCGACCUGGAGGCGACCCGGGACGACGCGGAGUUCCUCCAGGGCCUCAACGACAAUUGGCAGAGGUUCAUGAAUUCGCUCAACGAGCACCUGGAACAACCUCCGAGCGUGCCGGUCGAGUUCGCGACCGCGGACCAACUCCAGCAGCGGAUGGACGAGCUCCUGAGCCUCUUCACAGCUUCCAGGCGAGCCGCGCCUUCCCUGCCCGAGACGCCCCGGGCUGUAGAAGCGGCGGAGGGGAUGCCAGGAGGGGGGGGAGCAGCGCCCCUUCCAUCCCCAGCCACGCUCCCAGCUCCGUCCCCUGCUCUGACCCCAGCUCUGCUCGCAGCUCCAAUCCCUUCUCCAUCCUCAGCUCCAAUCCCUUCUCCAUCCUCAGCUCCACUCCGAUCUCAGUCUUCAGCUCCAUUCCCUUCUCUAUCCUCAGCUCCACUCCCAUCUCAGUCCUCAGCUCCACUCCCUUCUCCGUCCUCAGCUCCACUCCCAUCUCCGUCCUCAGCUCCAAUCCCUUCUCCAUCCUCAGCUCCAAUCCCUUCUCCGUCCUCAGCUCCAAUCCCUUCUCCGUCCUCAGCUCCAAUUCCUUCUCUGUCCUCAGCUCCACUCCCAGCUCCACUCUCAGCUCCACUCCCAUCUUCGUCCUCAGCUCCACUCCCAUCUUCGUCCUCAGCUCCACUCCCAUCUCAGUCCUCAGCUCCACUCCCAUCUCAGUCCUCAGCUCCACUCCCAUCUCAGUCCUCAGCUCCGCUCCCAUCUCAGUCCUCAGCUCCACUCCCUUCUCAGUCCUCAGCUCCACUCCCAUCUCAGUCCUCAGCUCCACUCCCUUCUCAGUCCUCAGCUCCACUCCCAUCUCCGUCCUCAGCUCCGCUCCCAUCUCCAUCCUCAGCUCCAAUCCCAUCUCAGUCCUCAGCUCCACUCCCAUCUCCAUCCUCAGCUCCAAUCCCAUCUCAGUCUUCAGCUCCACUCCCAUCUCCGUCCUCAGCUCCACUCCCAUCUUCGUCCCCAGCUCCGACCCCAGCUCCCUCUCCAGCCAUGCUCUUGGCAAUGCAGGAGCCAGAACCGGCGCCACCUCGAUCCACUACCGCGGCGCCUGGACACUCCGCAUGGAGCGACGUCUCGCUGGUUCGCCCCAACAGGGCCGAAUUGAUACGGAGAUAUGGCCGUUCUCCGUGUCUGAACCCGGACUCGGCUCACCGCUGGCUUUGGGUGUCCGAGAACCGCAGGAUGGUGAAGAUGGAUCUAAACCAGAAGCAGCCCGACCAGCCGGACCGGUUCGAAUCUCAUCAGCAGGUCCUGGGCUCUGACGGCUUCUCGUCCGGACGCCAUUACUGGGAGGUGGAUGUGGGCAAAGCCAAGUGGUGGCGCGUGGGUGCCGCGUACGAGACGAUCCCGCGGAAAGGCGAAGAUAAUGGGUAUAGGCUGGGGGAGAACUCCGUGUCCUGGUGCUUGCAUAAGCAGAGCAGCCUGACGGCGCGACACGCGGGUGUGGAGGAUCCGGUGAGGACGAUGGCGACGACUCAGAGAAUCGGCCUCUACCUGGACUGUGAGGCAGGGCUUCUGUCGUUUUACGGCGACACUGGCGGCGACGUCGUCGAGUUGCUGCACUCGUUCGAGCACAAAUUCCAGCAGCCUCUCCUGCCCGCGUUCGAGCUGGGCGGACAGUUCAAGGGUAACUUUCUGUCGAUAGCAAAGCUCGACUGAUGCGCCGCUUGCGGUCAAGUCGAAUUCACAAAUGUGUUCGUCGUCAAGUUACGCGGGGCUGACGAUCAGAACGCACUCGGCGCGUGGGCGGGAAGUCAGAGCGAACGAGGGGGGCAAUGGGACCUUUUUUGGUGCAAAGCUGCCAAUCAAAGCGCCAUCAAUCACAUUCAUGUUCAUAAACGUAGAACAUUCUUUACGAUCUAAAGUAUAUAAAACAUAUAUAUACACUGCAGUCAACUCAUGCGAAGCCUAGCUCUGCAACGCCACCCAAACAAACCAACGCCGAGUCUGGAGGAUGGGUCGUGGCCUAAACGGAAAGAGAUGCGGCCUAACGAGAAAGGGGGCAGCGCCUAAAGAGGAAAGGUUGUCUUAAAGAGGAAGUGGCAUGCCGUACAGAGGUUGAAUGUCCCUGUUGACUUAAGGUUCUAUUCUAUUCCCUGUGGCAAUACGCAGAGGUAUGGACUCGAGUCAUGUGACUUGGACUCGAGUCAGACUCGAGUCAUGAAUUUGAUGACUUCAGACUCGACUUGGACUUGCAUAACAAUGACUUUGUCCCACCUCUGAGGUGUGGACUCGAGUCAUGUGACUUGGACUCGAGUCAGACUCGAGUCAUGAAUUUGAUGACUUCAGACUCGACUUGGACUUGCAUAACAAUGACUUUGUCCCACCUCUGAGGUGUGGACUCGAGUCAUGUGACUUGGACUCGAGUCAGACUCGAGUCAUGAAUUUGAUGACUUCAGACUCGACUUGGACUUGCAUAACAAUGACUUUGUCCCACCUCUGGCAAUACGUUCAUGAGCAAAAUGCCACUGUCGAGGCCUGCGAGCCACGAGAGGGCUUUGGCUAUACCUCUGUUGAAGGAGCGAAGACUACACUG